GCAAGGCAAAGACGGAAACAGUGUGGUUCGGACAGCGCACUGUACAUUAUCACAGUCGUUGAAUCAAAGGGCCGAGCAAAGCACCAUAGAAAAAGUAGAAAACAACACAAUUGACUGCAAACGACGACCGGCAAAUAACAAACCAGGGUAGCAAAACCGAAACGCAUACUGCCGAGAAGGAGGGUUCAACAAGAAAAUUAGACGUCURCAAAAUGGUAUCAAGUUCCAAACUUAUAUAUACUUUCAGCGGCGUUGUCCUUGGGUACUUGCUCGGAAGUCAGCAUGCACUGUUUUCAUCCCARUACGAUUCGAUGGCGACAACUGUUUCCAUUSGCUCGCCGCAGGUUCAAUCACUUGACAAGUUUAAAUCGGCUGCCAAUGUUGGGAGCGUCGACGACCCGAACGUUUACAAACUCCACUCACGCGUCCAACUCUCCGAAGACCCCGAGUUGUUCGCAAAUAUAGUUAACCCAUUGGUUCAAAACCUAAUGGCGACGGGGAAAYCAAAUUGUUCCGAAGGGGAGGUGGACGUAUAUUUCGAUAUACUCAAAAACAUCGAAGAAAACCCUUCGUUCUAUGAAGACACACCAAACAACACCAACCAAACAUGCCCGCUGGUCUUUAUGUUUUACUUCGAGGGUGGCAUAAAGUUGGUACAGUCGUUUUUCACAUACUACUCCAACAUCCAGACCAAAAGGUGUAUGAAAUUCAUWGUGUCAAAACGCUGGAAAGAUCACAACGAAACCAUGGAGAUUAUGGAUAACCACGGUUACGAAAUGUUGCCAGGGAGUGCCAUUCAACAGGGGAKRACAAUCAUCAAUGGCCUCAACGCAACCUUCAAGMAAUACGGCGAUGAAGUGGUGGUCAGCAUCAACGAUCUGGAUCACUUGAUGGUAUGGUUUGAUCUGGAAGGCAAGCCACAUCGAUACUCGAGCUAUACCGACAUGGUGCGGUUGUACAUGUACGAAYUUCUGGCCACAAGGGGAUGCCCGGACAAAAAAAAUGUCCAUGAGAGGUAUGUCAUACCUUGCACAUGCCUAAUGAAGAACAACACAAACUACGUGGCAGUACCCGACGGUGAUGUCCUCUGGUCCCAGUAUGGCCUCACGAAUCGCUUCCAUCCCACGGCGAACUUUUACCUGAACAAUACCCUCGAAAAGUAUUCUCUUGGCCACGAUGUCGGGACCGUCUAUUCGAACCUACGAAACAUGAAGGUAAGUUUUUUGUUGGGUGCUCGUCAAUCGAAGAUUUCGAUGCCGUUGGUCGCAUCGCUCCAUUCGUGCAUUUUUCAGAUCGUUCGUSGUCUKGUAUUUCGUGCGUCAAAACACCUUUUCGACGUUUCUCAUUUAUCCCGGAUGUCUAUGGUGUAUUUAUUCGAUGUUGCAGCUCGSCAACAUCAACGUUCAUCACAAGAUAGGUCGCAAGACAAAGAAAACGGUGACACGGGCAACAAUGGUCGGUAUGAUCCAUGCACGAACCGACAACAUGAUCCAGUCCUUGGCGAAGUACCAGCAUUUUCUCAAGAAUUCUUUGAAGAAUGCUCAUCGCGACAGCGAAUCCACAAUUGCAGGUGCGUCCAGUACGGUACGGUACGGUACGGUACAAAAAUACGGUGCUCUCGUCAUUGUUGGCUUUAUAGUGUUGUCGCGUAACGGCAUGUGUGUGUUUGUGCAUAGCUCUGAAUUGUGAACGAAUCUCACGACUUUCUUGAUGUUACCGACGCAAUUUUCUACUCAAUUUUUUGUGGCGGAAUAAAUUCUUCGUUUUUAUCUUGUUUUGAACAAAAACCACAGACGCAAUGAAAUGUUCCAUCGUUAGCCCUGAAGAAAUGAUUKACAACGUGAAAACGUGCAGGUCGGUAAAGGAAUUUUCCAAUAUACUUGCAAUCGGUCAUCAAAAACUAGCUUGUCUCAAUGCUGGRUACAGUGAGGAACAUUGCUUGUCCGACAUGAGCUGUUGUGUGACAGAUUAAGCGCGAAAUACAAGAAUUCUACACCUAAAAUAAUAGUUUUGAGUUACA